AUGCAUCAAUUGGCGAGUGAUGAGAAGAGAGUGCAAUCAACACAGGAGGUCCUCGAAAUCAACGACGUUCGUGAUCAAAUUCCUGACUUGGAAAAGGAAACAUUCCUGAAGAGUGACGAUAGCAGCGACAAGACGCUCGGUCUUGCCUGGGACCCUGUAGCGGAUGUUUCUCGUUUUUCUUUUUCUCCCAUACAGGUCUCUCCAAAGCCUUGUAAACGACUGGUGCUGUCCACAAUUGCUCGGAUUUACGAUCCUCUUGGUCUCAUUGGUCCUGUAGUUGCCAAGGCCAAAAUCUUCCUGCAACAAGUCUGGAGAGAAAAGUUGGAGUGGGAUGAGAGCUUUCCACAGGCACUCAACACAUCGUGGCUGAAGUUGUCAUCCGACAUGGGUCGUACCCAUCAAAUGGAGAUUCUUCGACGUGCGUUGGAUCCAGAUGCUGAUGGCGAGGUGCAUCUACUUUUUUCAAAGUCUCGUGUGGCACCUUGGAAGACUCUUACGGUUUCCAAAUUGGAGUUCUGCACUGCCUUGACACUAACGCAACUGAUGCGGGACGUACGCAACAUGAAGCUCUUUGAUUCUGCUGGAGCUUUAUCAUCGAUAAGCUAUGAACAUUCACGCUUUCAAGUAUUUGUUACUAAUCAAAUAUCUUUAAUUCAGAAGCUAUCCAGUGGCAUGAGUUGGCACUUGGUUUUGACUGACUGCAAUCCAGCCGACAUUUUGACAAGAGGAGCUUCCCAGAGUGAGCUUCUGGAUUCUGCCCUUUGGUUCAGAGGUCCAGCGAUCCUUCUCAAGAAUCAGCACGAUUGGCCCGAAUCUUGUUUGCCUGUGAAGACUCCUCCCGAGUUCAGAAAGCGCAUUUUGGUUGGCGUCUCUACCAAAGUGGAUCUACCCUUAAAACGCAAUCUCGUGAACUCCUGUCAAAAGACUACCCACACUUUCGGAUUCGAAUACAAAUUUGCACACCUUAAAAGAGGUCCUGGUCUUGCUAUCCAAAUGAGCAACCUGGCUGAUGACUACUGGAGAUUGCAUUCUAAGCAGCAAAUUUCAUCAUCCAGCCCGUUGUCCUCUCUAUUGCCAUUCAUCGAUAGCUUCGGUCUGAUGCGAGUUGGUGGCCGUCUACAGAAUUCGACCUUGGAUUACAAUGCGCAGCAUCCUGUCAUACUGCCACGCCAGCAUCCACUUUCUCAACACAUAAUCGCUGACUUGCCCAAGGAUCGUGUAAACGCCACGUCUGCGUCCAUGGUUACUGGUCUGGACACCUGCGGUCCAUUUUACUACAAAACCGGAGUUCGAAGCAAGGUGCCUGGGAAAACGUACGUCUGCGUUUUCAUCUGUUUCGCGACGAAAGCGAUGCAUCUGGAGCUUGUCCAGGAUCUUUCGACACAAGCAUUUUUGGGAGCACUGAAGCGGUUUAUUCUCACCAGAGGCAAACCUGUCCGAAUAUGGUCGAAUAAUGCCACGAACUUCGUUGGAGCCAAGAACGAGCUAGCUGAGCUGAAGAAUCUGUUCAUAUCGAGCCCCCACAUUCGAGCGAUUGAAGAUUUCUGCCUGGAAGAUUCGAUUGAGUGGCCUUUUAUUCCCCCUCGUUCACCUCACUUUGGAGGUCUCUGGGAGACGGCCAAAUCUCAUUUCUACCGUUCUGUUGGCCCAUCAUUAUUAUCGUUCGAUGAAUUGCGCACUCUCGUUUGCCACAUUGCGGCGAUUGUAAACUCACGGCCUUUACUCCCUCUUUCAGAGAAUCCGGCAGAUCUUGAGGCGCUAACUCCUGCACACUUUCUUGACACAGUUCCACUGGUGUUGUACUCUGAGCCUGACGUCACAAAGCUGAACUUCAACCGUUUGGACCGCUGGCAGAGAAUUUCCUACUUCCAACAAAUCUUCUGGUCACGGUGUCGUGAAGAGUACUUGACCCUGUUACAGCAACGGUCAAAGCGGCGCACUCCCAAACCUGUGCUACAAAUCAACGAGGUCGUCUUCACUCUGCCUCCAUUUAAAUGGCCACUAGCCAGGAUCAUGGAAUUGGUGCCUGGAUCUGAUGGAGUUGCUCGUGUGGCUCGAAUCUCUCGAAGGGCUGUCCGCAAGCUGUGCGUGCUGCCGAAGCUGAAUCUGGUUGAAAGCCCUGGUCCUCCAACGGGGGGAAUUUUUACGCUCUCAACUUUGCGCGAGGGCGCUGAGAGCGAGAGAGGAUAG